UGCGGCUGCCGCGGGCAGAGAUUUCAUCAUGCAGUGUGAGUGACGGUCCAUGCUUCUCUGCCGAGCCCUCCCCGCCCUACUGCUGCUGCCGCGGACACAUCCCUGCCGUGCCGGCGCCUCCCUGCUCCGACUCACCCGCACCGCCCGGGACCAGCGCAUCCACACCGCCGCCCCGGCCUCUGCCAAACACCGGACACCCCGCAGGCUGCAGCAACCGGCACCGGGCACACACACCGGCAUGGAGGUCAACAUAGAGGAACACCUGGCCCCCCUCAGACAGGCGGUCAAACAGCAGGGGGACCUCGUGCGACAACUAAAAGAGCAGAAAGCGCCGCAGGUGGACGUGGACCGAGCGGUGGCCGAGCUCAAAGCCAGGAAAAGGACGUUGGAGGCGAAGGAAUUGUCGCUCCAGCCCAAGGAUGAUGUGGUGGACAGAUCCAAGAUGGAGGAUACCCUCAAAAGGCGCUUCUUUUACGACCAAGCUUUUGCUAUUUACGGAGGUGUCAGCGGGUUGUAUGAUUUUGGGCCUGUUGGAUGCGCGCUGAAAAACAACAUCAUCCAGACGUGGAGGCAGCACUUUAUACAAGAGGAGCAGAUCCUGGAGAUAGACUGCACUAUGCUGACACCCGAGCCGGUUCUCAAAACCUCGGGCCACGUGGAGAAGUUUGCUGACUUCAUGGUCAAAGAUGUGAAGAACGGAGAGUGCUUUCGCGCCGACCAUCUUCUAAAAGCCCAUCUGCAGAAACUGAUGUCCGACAAGAAGUGCUCACAGGAGAAGAAGACGGAAAUGGAGUCUGUCCUUACUCAGAUGGAUAACUACGGGCAGCAAGAACUCGCAGAUCUCUUCGUGAAAUACAACGUGAAGUCGCCGAUCACAUUAAACGAUCUCUCCCCUCCGGUGUCCUUCAACCUGAUGUUCCAGACCUCGAUAGGACCUGGUGGGAACAUGACGGGAUACUUGAGACCCGAAACCGCGCAGGGAAUCUUCCUCAAUUUCAAACGGCUGCUGGAGUUCAAUCAGGGAAAACUGCCGUUCGCCGCUGCCCAGAUCGGGAACUCCUUCCGAAACGAGAUUUCUCCGCGUUCCGGACUCAUCAGAGUGCGAGAGUUCACUAUGGCUGAAAUCGAACACUUCGUGGACCCCAGUGAGAAGAAUCACCCCAAAUUCCAGAAUGUGGCGGAUUUAAACAUUCUGCUUUACUCUUCCAAAGCCCAGCUGAGUGGGGAGUCCGCGCAGAAAAUGCGUCUCGGAGACGCCGUUGAACAGGGUGUCAUCAACAACUCCGUCCUGGGAUAUUUUAUCGGUAGAAUCUAUCUGUACCUGGUAAGAGUUGGGAUUUCCCCCGAAAAGCUGCGUUUCCGACAGCACAUGGAGAACGAGAUGGCUCAUUACGCCUGCGACUGCUGGGACGCCGAGGCCAAAACGUCCUACGGCUGGAUUGAAAUUGUUGGCUGUGCCGACCGUUCCUGUUAUGACCUCUCUUGUCAUGCCAGAGCCACCAAAGUUCCCCUCGUUGCCGAGAAGCCACUGAAGGAACCGAAGACGGUGAACGUCGUCCAGUUCGAUGCCAACAAGGGAGCCGUCGGCAAGGCUUACAAGAAGGACGCCAAGCUGGUGAUGGAAUAUCUCGCCAUCUGCGACGCCUGUUACGUCUCCGAAAUGGAGCAGCUGCUGAACGACAAAGGUGAAUUUACCAUUGAAACAGAAGGGAAGACGUUUCUGCUGACUAAGGACAUGGUCAGCAUUAAGAAAUUCCAGAAAACCAUACACGUUGAGGAAAUUGUACCGAAUGUGAUUGAGCCCUCAUUUGGUCUCGGCAGAAUUAUGUACACUGUUCUUGAGCACACAUUCCAGGUCCGACAGGGAGACGAGCAGAGAACGUACUUUACCUUUCCAGCCAUAGUGGCGCCGUACAAGUGCUCCGUUCUCCCGCUGAGCCAGAAUCAGGAAUUCGUUCCCUUUGUCAAAGAAUUAUCCGAAGCUCUGACAAAGAACGGGGUGUCCCACAAGGUGGAUGAUUCCUCCGGGUCCAUCGGGAGGCGCUACGCGCGGACGGAUGAGAUCGGUGUUGCUUUCGGCAUCACCAUCGACUUUGACACGGUCAACCGCUCACCCCACACGGCGACCCUCAGAGACCGGGACAGCAUGAGACAGAUCCGAGCCGAGAUCUCCGAACUCCCCGGAAUCGUGCGGGAUCUGGCCAACGGCUGCCUGACGUGGGCGCAGGUGGAGAAGUCGUACCCCAUAUUCGAGGGACAGGAGACGGGCAAAAAGGACACAACAGAGGAAUAACUUCCAGGAAACGAGUCGCUUUCUUCCGGUUCUGUUAAUAUUCAUCAUGCCUUCUAUGGAUGCGGCCGUCGCGGGAGGAAACGCAUCGCUUGAUGUUUACAGGGAGACGCCUAAAUUAUAAUCCCGGCCGCAUUUCCAAUAUGCGAAUAAAGAACGUGAUAGAUCUACA